AAUUUGGGUUUUAAUUGUUACAUAUUUUUAUUUUUAUAUGUUUCAGUAGUAUUCCUUAGUAUAAAUAAAUUAAGGAACAAAAAGAAAAGCGAACAAGUGAGACAAAUCCAAACACUCCCACUGUAUUCACUUCUCCACUCCCCAGUCUGCGGAAAAUGAGUCGCCAUCCUGAAGUUCUGUGGGCGCAGCGUUCCGAUAAGCUUUACCUAACUGUUUCUCUAACUGAUGCCAAGGAUGUUUCUGUGAAGUGUGAGCCUCAUGGUUUGUUUACUUUCACUGCUUCUAAGCUUCAACAUGAAUCCUACAGCUUUACCUUAGAACUUUAUGGAUCGAUUGAACCUGAGGGCUGUAAAAUAAAAUCGAGCUCAAGAAACAUAUUAUGCUCAAUUCAGAAAGGACAAAGAGGUUGGUGGAAAAGACUACUGAAGUCUGAAGAGAAACCUGCUCCAUACCUUAAGGUUGAUUGGAAUAAAUGGUGUGAUGAAGAUGAAGAAUCAGAUUCUGAGUUGAUAUCUGACGACGAUGGACGGUUUGCUGGCGAAGAUGAUGAAAGCAGUGAUGAUGAAGGAAUGUUAUAUCUCCCUGACUUGGAAAAGGCUAGAGGAAAGUGAUUCAUAGAGUAGUAACAAAAGUUGAAGAAGCUUCAAGGAGAUGGAAUCACAUGGAAGUUUUAGAUAGGUGCACGGAUAGACUACUUUACAAGAAACACAGAUAUUGUUGUAGCUAUCCUGUAUUGUAUAUAUAGAAUCUGAAAACAGUCUUCAUCUUGUUUGAUUACUUGACAGUAAUUCUAGUAAGGUUUCUUUGAUGUGAA